ACUGCUACCAAGAUAGUUCACGUCCUACUCCACUACGAUAUUUAACCAUUGUCUCAUUCGUGGUUAGCGUAAACGUUAAACAUUUUUAAACAUCGAUUUGUAGACAAACAAGAAGUUACGCCAAAAGGUACUCCCUAUUUAUUUUCACGUAAAAGCGUAAGCAAACAAUUCCACUCAAGCUCGCCAACUCCUAGCUAAAAUACGACGCCCUGUGUUCCCAACUGACGUUAGAUGGGAGAGAAAGUGGUCGAGCAGGGACUAUCUCGUCAUGGUUGUGUACUCUUUGUUGGAUGUGUGCUGUGGAUGACAACCGUCCAACCCGUCGCAACAACAGCAGCAGCGGCGGCAUCAGUGUCUCUAUCAUCGCGAACGCCGAGGGGAGUGAAGCGAACCGGGGGAAGGAGAGAGAGAGAGAGAGAGUGAGAGAGAGAAAGAGAAAGGAUUUACGGACACCGACCAAGCAUGGCUACCCAAACGACUGCAUCAUGCACUGGAUCCACUCUGUUGCAGCCAAUCAGCGACAUUAUCAAUCUCCCUGUUGACCAGGUUAACUUUGUGGCAUGUCAGCUGUUCGCCCUGCUAAUGGCAGUGUGGUUUCGGAUCUACCUCCACCCCAGUAAGACCAGUCCUUUCAUCAGACAUGUGGUGGCCACUCUGCUGGGCUUCUACUUGGCUCUCUUCUGCUUUGGCUGGUAUUCCCUCCACUUUCUGGUGCAGAGCGGUCUGUCCUACAGUGUGAUGGUGUUCGCUGGCCUGGAGCACAUGCACAAGUAUUGCUUUAUCGUGACGCUUGGCUACCUGAUAUCAUGUCAGAUCACGCGAGUCUAUGUGUUUGACUACGGCAUGUACUCUGCAGAUUUCACAGGGCCCAUGAUGGUUAUAACACAGAAGAUUACCAGCUUGGCGUUUGAAAUACAUGAUGGUUUGACCAAGCAAGAGGGGCAACUGACUCCCAGUCAGAAAUACCUAGCUAUCAGGCGUAUGCCCACCCUGCUGGAGUACUUGAGCUACAACUGUAACUUCAUGGGCAUCCUGGCAGGGCCCACCUGCUCAUACAACGACUACAUGGCCUUCAUCGAAGGCACGUGCUACCAGCCGCACCACCAGGAGAACGCCAACGGCAAGGAGAACGGGAAGUACAAGCAGAGCGAACCCUCGUCCAAGAAUGACGUCAUCUCCAAGCUGUGUACAUGUGCCAUCUCACUGGGCAUCUAUCUGUCGCUGUGCACGCUGCUCCCGGUGGAGCACUCGAUAAACGACGGCUUUGUCAGCUCCACACCAUUCCAUCUGCAGGUCAUCUACCUUUACUUGGCCAUGCUGGCUCUGAGGCCAAAGUAUUACUUUGUCUGGACCCUUGCUGAUGCUAUCAACAACGCUGCUGGAUUUGGCUUCAAUGGAUACAACAAAGAUGGCUCCCCACGAUGGGACCUGAUAUCAAAUCUCAGAAUUCUGGACAUUGAGUUUGCCACCAGUUUCAAGAUGUUCCUAGACAACUGGAAUAUUCAGACAGCUCUUUGGCUCAAAAGGGUGUGCUAUGAGCGCUGUCGCAUCAACCCCAUGGCUGCCACCUUCUUGCUGUCGGCCAUGUGGCACGGGGUGUACCCUGGCUACUACUUGACCUUCCUCACUGGCAUUGCCAUGACGAUGGCUGCACGUGCCGUGAGACAUAACAUCAGGCCGUACUUCCAGGGCUCUGACUCGCACAAGCGCAUCUACGACGUCAUGACGUGGGCAGGGACUCAAGUUGCCAUUAGCUACACGGUGGCGCCAUUUGUCCUACUUGCUGUGGGACCCUCACUCAAAUUCUACAGGUCCUGGUACUACUGCUUACAUCUCCUCUGCCUGCUGGUGGUAUUGGCCCUCCCUGUCAAAUCGAGACGUCUGCAGGCCAAAGAGCAGCAGGACGGCCUAAAGGACAACCAGGCGGACCACAACAGCACUGACAACAACUGCAACCAAAAAGAAAAGGCCACAUGAGGCUCUGGACAGCGACACGCAGUCCCUCCAGCAGCAGGAACACUGAGACAAACUAAAACCACUGAGAGCUGGACUGUGGCGAGUCUAUUUACCUGACAAAGAACCAAAUAUCGGAUGCUCUGAGAAUCCUAACCGACAGGAAACGCAAGUCAAUGUUCUGUCAAAACUUCCAGUAGCAAGGAUGACAGCAAUCACAGUUUCUGACAUGGAUAAGAGACCAGGAUGUAACAAUGGCCAUAGUGUAAACUAAUGUGUGAUGGUGGUUACUUUACAUUACAUUAGUGGAAAUGAAGACUUCCAAGCUGCCUUAAACCCUCUAUGUACUCGGCUGGUGAAAUAACAGUUGGACGGCACGUUGCAGGAACCAAUUUGCAGUUUCACCGUUGUGGUGUCAGUUUAUAUAAACAGAUGAGACGUGUGCAGUAUGUGGAGGGUUUUUGUCAUUGUCUGGAUACAAACCUCUGUUAGGUGGAAAUGGAAAACGGUUUUAAUGUAAAAGAAACAUUACUUUAUCAUCAGCUGCCAAUUUCAAACAGGCCUUAGGAUCCUCAAAACAUUGUUUGAUUUCUAUGUCUUUUUAAAAAUCUUUAUUGGAGAAGACGUCACAUUGUUCGUGUUUUGUAUUUAGAUGUUCGUGACAACAAUAUUUCAGAUCCAUUGUCAAUGCUUUUUUUUUUCUGUGAUUUAAUUUAAUUCAGAUCUCAUCCAUCUCCACCUGUGGGAAGUCUAAAAGAGGCACUCAAGAGUUACUGAAUGGAUGUAUGUUUCUUUUUUCAUAUCUGCUGCAUUUGUGACAGACAACUGUGUGUUUUUCAAAGGGAGUUCAUUUACACUGUUGUGAUUUCCAUUUUUUUUUUUUUUCUUUAAUGAUUUCUGACCUGGUUUCAAAGGUGUGUUUUUUUUUUUUUUUUUUUUUUUUGACCUGUGUUCAAAUGUCGUGCCUCUGUAUUACAAGUAUCCAAAACUAUUUAAUGCAAGUCCAAAUUAAUAAAAUUGUACAAAUGGGGACACAGUGGAUUGUUAACAUCACGGUUGAACACACUGUUGCAGUGUUAUUCAUUGUCUUAAAAUCCUACAAAUAUAACAAAUCUAUUCAAAUUACCACAUUCACUGAAGAUGUAUUUAAUUGUCAAAAGGUUUUGUAGCCAUAAUUAUUAUUAUUAUUAUUAUUAAGUCAAUGGAAUGUAAAAGAAAAGUUUCCAAAUUGAUGCACAGUGCAUAGCUGUUGUGGUAAAUGGUCUUAUUUCAUAUUGUGUGCACUUAUGUUAGAAUAGGUGAUAUUUCAGGUUGCAUUUACUGUAGGGUUUCGGUUCAUGGCCUUUCAAAUCAUCCAGUUUACUCUUUAUGACAUGCAGCAGUUCAAACUGAUUUCUGUAUCAUUAAAAAUUUUUUAUUUUAGUGAAGGAAAUGUGAUGCAGAGGAGACGACCUGAAAAGCACCUCUCAGUUGUCGGUUGUUUGGGAAAGUCACGCCCACAAUAUCAUAAACACUUUGUCGUACAUUUUGUUUUCUUCCAAUUGUCAGUAAUUUGAGUUGGUUUGGUGCAUUGGUGUUAUGUAAAAUAAUAACAAAGCAGCAGAAAGAGAGCUUUUUCCAUUUCUUUUUAAGAUGUUCUAACGUUUGCAUAUUCCUGCCAUAACUCAGUGUAUACCAGUAUUCAUGUGAUCCGUACAUGUCGAUGUGGUCUCAUGUAAACUAUAUUUGUAGCCUGGGCCUUGUGUAGGCGACCGUGGCCCACUUAAGGGAAAGGGAUGUCAUUCUACAAACAAAGCGAUUAUUGCACUGCAUGGCCAACCAAACCAGCAGAUCAAUGCAAAUGGCUCCAUAUGUCCAAAGUGCCAAAUCAUGAAUGGCGCAUUUUGUUUUGUAUGUAUGUGAGCAUGCGUGCCUGCGUGUGUGUUUGUGUGUGCAAAUGUGUCCAUGUAGUAUAUGUGCGCGCCUGUGUAACAUAACGGUUAUUUUUGUGUCAGAAGGAAAUUUAUUGAAAGAUUUGUAUAACAGUCCAUUAAAAUUCUGAUUUAUGUGGCAAAAUAAAGAGAAAUUAUUUUUAAACACUAAAAUGUAUGUUUUCAAAAAUAUAUAUUUUUUUUAUGUCCUUUUUUUUUUUUGGUGCAAUAACUGAAAUUAAUAUUAGCAGAAAAACUGAUGUAAUGUUAGCAUUUGAUCCAGGUCAUGCUCAUGCAACCAAGUGAA